UGUGAAUUGUCAUGUUCGAAAGGUAAAAUGUGAUUUGGAGGCACAGGAGGAUAGGCCAUGUCACAACUGCCGCAGGCACGGUAUUUCGUGCGAGCCAAGAACUCGUCAGUGGACGCGCCUCACGACCAAACAAAGACCGGGAACUACUGAAAACCCUCACUCCCAUGACCAUUUGGCGCUUUCACCGCUAUCCACCACAGACGCUCCCCAGCUAUCCACCUCUCCCAUACCCAGGGGCAAGAACGAUGACAUUUUGACAGUGCCUGAUUCCACACCGAGAGCAGACCUCACUCCUCGAAGCGAGGUGUACAUUGGGACUACGUCGUUGAUGACAGACCUAUGGUCAAGUUCUGCUCAAUUGGAUGACUCAUCUUUCUCUGAUCAGAUCGGCCAAAAGCUGAUGGAGAUAAGUGGUGCAGAUAAGUCUCCUUCUGACCUCAUGGUUGAGGCGUCAAGAGAGUAUUAUUACAAGUAUGUGUAUCAUUAUUUUCCCGUUCUGGACGUGGGGCACCUCACAACAGAUGAGAGCUCCUCUUUACUUUUGAAGCACGCUCUUUGCUUGGUUGGCGUGGUGAUGAGGCAACCGCGCGAGCCAGACCCUCUAACUGAGGCCGAUCAAAUCUAUGUUAAGAUCAAGAGUCUUCUCUUCGCCACCCAUGAGAAGAACUUUUUUAUCGUCCUCAAGGUUCUCUGCCUGCUUACGGUAUGGAAUAUCAAGGGGCCUAACAUUAUUUCAAUGGACAAUACCUGGUAUAGGCUGUCAGUGGCAGCUAACCUUAUGAUUUCGUUGGGCCUACAUCGUGACUUUAUCUGUGCUCAGAAACCCCAGCCAGGUUGUGCGCGGCGAAUGGCUUGGAGUAUCUUUAAUCUAGACAAGACGAUGGCUACGGUAUUUGACAGACCGUGCAUCCUCAAACCUCAAGACUUCGACGUUCGCCCGCUUGUGCCCGGUGACUUUGCGACAUCAGAUCGAAAAAAUGUCAUUUUCAUGGCGUACUGCAAGCUGGGGCUUAUCCGCCAUCAAACCCAAGCUCUACAGGCCAAGAGCUCUCAGGAUCUUCAGCAAGAAGGUCAGAAGAUCGUUGUUUCACUUAAGGAAUGGAUCCAGACCUUACCCGAGGCAAUCCACCUAUACUCUACUGACAACACCAAAGCGUAUCAAAGGGAAAUAUUCGAGUUACACAUUGCAUAUUUUGCCGCAAUCAUUCACUAUUGCCACCAGUUAGACAAAGUUUCGCAGGUGUCGAUGGGACUGUUUCCUUCUCUGGUAGCAUCUUCAUGCAUAGCCAGAUUAUAUGAGGAGAUGAACUAUCGGGACGAUGUCGGUCAUCUCCUUACUGUGCAUAAUUGGUACUCGAUGAUGGCUUCCGCACCUUUGCUUAGCUCCUGCGAAGAAGGUCAGGAAGAGGCAGAUAUCUCCCGGAGAGAACUUGACAUUCUGGAAACAACCUUGGGUCUUUUGCGGAGAAAGUGGUAUGGGGCACGUGUGAUCCACGACACCAUUAAACGGCUGCGGAGGGGCACGAGAGUGGGAGUCAGCGUGGCAACACCACGGCAUCCAGUCUCCCCACUGCCACUUAAUGACGCGCAAGAAUUGUUCCCAUUUCCAAACUCUCUGGCUCCGAGAAUGAAGCUCUUGGAUGACGAAUGGGCCAGGCCAAUAUUCUUGUCGGACGAGGCAGAACUUCAGCUUCCAGAUAUGGACAUGAGCUGGAUAUUUGAUGAAUUUGCAGGCACGUACAACACUGCAUUCGUUAACACACGAGAUUUUCUUGACCCAGAGUCGGCAAUGUCUUUGGAGUUAUAAAAUAAGACCGCCGAUUCCCCCCAGAAUAUCGUGUUCCCAGCUAACCCCAAUCUGAAAGGAGAGGGAUCCAAGACUGCAAGAGAGGAUGGGGAUAUCGCUG